ACACCCAGUGGAAAUACGGGACACCAACCUAGUCACGUGCUGGGUCACGCAACAAACAACAAUUGGAAACAGACACACUAUGGAGCUAGAUUCAUCUAUAUCAUCAAACAGCUUAAAUGAAUGUGCUAGUGUUUCAAUGGAUCCAGACACUUUGUCAGAUGAAGAUAAACAAGAAGACGACUCUUGCUUGCAAAAGUUUAUUGAUACCAAAAUUGGUCAUCUGUCGAAUUCGAAGUCAAAGAGGCCCAGAAGAUUGUUGGAAGCUCGGACAACUUCGGUCGACCAAGAAAUCGUCAAAAUCGUUCAGCAAGACGACAAGUGCACUGCAUUUUGUAACAGGAAAAUACAAGUACUUUCUCAGAAAGACAGGAUAGCAGAUACAAACGGAGACAAGAAGCACACAAUUGAUACCUCAACUGACUCAAUAUCGUUACCACUCAAAAAUAGAAGGCCCUAUGAACGUUUGAAGAUAGCUUGCCUGUUGCAAGGAAUGAAGCUGGAAUGUAAGAGAAGUGGGAGAGAAAGGGAAAUAUUACGAGCAAGAAGUCGACAACUUGCAGAUGCAAUGCUUGAACAACGUUUUUGUCAGAAAUACGUGUGUGCUCUACAGAGAGGCAAACUAGAAACUCGAAUUGACCAAAAACUUGUCAAGAGUUCGGCUGAGCUGUUGGCAGAAAUCAUUAGUGACUGUCCUAAUCCUCUAUUACGUGGUCAAGUUGUUUGGAAUAAACUCCUCUAUGGUUGUCACUCACAGAAAUGAACAAAAUCAGUUUAUUUACGAGAAGUGUGUCGCACAAGUGCAUCAACUCAAUGGACUCUCCUGGUAUACAUGGAGCCAACAAUUUUGCUUCAAGCAGUGAGCAUAAUAAGCUGUCGAGCAUCCAGUGGGUGAACUCAUGCGAUAGUCCUUGCUAACGGUCAGAAAGGAAGAGUGUGUGAUCAACCAGUUAUGUGUAGUUACUGUCUCCAGGUGAGUUGAUCAGUUCCAGAGGUUUCAACUGUGCAUGUUGCACGUACACAGCUACAUCGGUGUGGAUUGAAUACAGGGUGGAGAUAAGCCAGAUGUUGUUUCCAAUUACCCUGUUAAAUGUUUGCCUCUAACUGACCGUCAAGGAGCCAAUGUAACUGAACUGAAAGACAUGAGAGGUGUUGUGAAUAACGUAUGCGGGAAGUAACAUUGUUGCAGGAUGCAGGUUACAUACAUACCUUUAUGUCAUAAAAUAGCUUGCUUGUUGAAGAGCCAAUUUUAGAUAGAAACUGACCAAAGCAUGGAUAGUGCCAUGUGAUUUGUCAAAUUACUUAAUCAAGGUUUGCUUCGAAGCACAUUCAGUUACAGUG